UCGCCCUUUCUUAAUUUUUUUUUCCGUAUCCCGUCUCGCCGCCGGCCGGGCACGAUGCCGCACGUGGAAACGCUGCUGCUGGCGGCCGCGGCGCUGUGGGUGUGCGUACGUGGGCAGGAGCCUGGCGCCAAGGCGGUGGCCGACCGCUACGCCGUCUACUGGAACAGCACCAACCCCAGAUUCCAGCGAGGCGACUACCACAUUGAUGUCUGCAUCAAUGACUAUCUGGAUGUUUUCUGCCCUCACUAUGAAGACUCAGUGCCAGAAGACAAAACUGAACGCUAUGUUCUGUACAUGGUGAACUUUGAUGGCUACAGCUCCUGUGAUCACACCUCCAAAGGGUUCAAGAGGUGGGAGUGUAAUCGGCCACAUUCCCCAAAUGGACCAUUGAAGUUCUCAGAAAAGUUCCAGCUGUUCACGCCCUUCUCACUAGGAUUUGAGUUCAGGCCAGGCCGGGAAUAUUUCUACAUCUCUUCUGCAAUCCAAGAUAAUGGAAGGAGAUCCUGUCUAAAGCUUAAGGUCUUUGUGCGACCAUCAAACAGCUGUAUGAAAACUAUAGGUGUUCAUGAUCGUGUUUUCGAUGUUAACGACAAAGUAGAAAAUUCACUAGAACCAGCAGAUGAUACCGUACACGAGUCAGCCGAGCCAUCCCGUGGUGAGAAUGCAGCACAGACACCAAGGAUACCCAGACAGCUUUUGGCAACUUUAUUGUUCCUCCUGGCAAUGCUUUUGAUAUUAUAGCACAGUAUGCUCCAACAGCCUGUUGCAGAAAAUAUCAGGGUCUUGGAACAUCAAAGAUCCACCUAACUGCUCAUGCCAGGGAAGGGACUUUAUUGUUUUUGCAGAUGUCAAAUUGUUAUUUUUCCCUUUUCCCUUUUCUUCUCCCUUUUAGCCUGAACUCAGCAAAAAUUUGAAGGGGAUAACUAGCUUCAGCACCCAUCCCUACCUACUCUGUGACUUUCUUAACCCCUCCAUAUAAAUAAAAGGACUCCAAAUGAAAAUGCCAAACCAUAAUAGUGACACUAGUGAUUCUUAUUCUCCUCUGUAUUCUCCUUUAAGAAGUCACCUCUGUUAGCUCACUGUGUUACCCAUAUGUGGACAAGAAUAGUGGCAGAUGCAGUCAGUGAAGGAUAAGAAAAGUGAGUGAAAGUAUAAGAGAGUAUUUCUCUCAGAUGUAAUAUUUAUACCUUCUCAUUCAGCACUGUAAGAUGAUCAUGCAAAGCAUUGUGUCACCAUGUCAGGACUGGAGGGGAAAUAUUAUGAACAGAUAUAACAUAACACCAUUUCCUCUAGGAGUUUCUAAACAAACAGGCUUCUGAAAGAGAAGAAUAUUGUUUCUUAUAGUACUAUCUUGACACAUGUUUGACAGUAAAAAUUGUGCUUAUAAACAGAAAUGCUGUCUUUGGUGACAGGAAGAAGUUACUAUUUAGAAAUGUCAGCACACAGCAGGCAAGGUCAGAUUUAGGAAACUUCACUGGGGGUGUGAGUGUCUCUGUUAUUUCAUUCUAAGGGGAUAAUGCACACCGGAUUAUUUUAUUUUAAAACAAAUCACCGUGGUGCUACAAUUUUUUUUCUUGAAAUGCAGAGGCACUUCUGAGAAUAAAGUGACCUUCCCCAGCACUGACUUAGCAGCUUUGGAUGCUGCUUUGAGUGUUCAUACAUACUAAGAGAGGACAUCAGGGGCCAGAGGAAACAUGUAUGGGGUGCAGGAUCUCCAGUAUGCUGUUUAUUAUGUCUCCUGCAAUACAUGUGGAAUUAACCACAUGUAGAAGAAGUCAGGAUGGUCUAGUAGCAUUGUUUCAUGGGGAGAAAGAAAAGAAGUGUGGAUUAUGAAUUCCAGUGUUAAUUUUUAAUCUUUCCCCCUUCCAGCACAGUUGGAAGAUUAGAGGAAAUGAGUUUAUCGGCUGGAGAUAAACUGGAUGGACUCCCAAAGACUUAACAAGAUAUUUUUUUAAAAAUCCACUAGAACAGAAAAUACAUUAUUUAGAUAUACUUUAUGCUGAGAGUGAGUAUAUAUGCUUGUCCUAUUUAAACAUGUGAGAGAAGUGGUAACCCUUGAUGCAAUUAGGAAAUGGGACUGUCUUGUUUGAUGGAAUUAGGAGUGACCCUGUUUAAGGAAUCUGAGCCUUGGCUAACAUAAAUGUUAUUUGCCAGGAAGUGCAAGCCUUGGGGUAAUAUUUGUCUAGGAUGCCAUGAAUUUUAGACUGAUAAAGAUAAUCGGAGAUAUAUCAGACAAAGGCUGAAACAGAGCUUUUCUAAUAAAAGCUGUGAUAGUAAACUAUGAAAUGAAAUAUGGAGCACAUUGAAGAAAGAGAAGACUCUUCUAUAUUAAUUCUGAAGAAAAUGUAUGCCAAAUCAAUUAGGUUAUACCAUUAAUGGACAGCACUUUGUGGAUU